AAUCGCAGUCAGCCGUCGCUAUGAUCAAUAACAACUGCUCCGUCAGUAGAGUGAUGGGUGUGAUCCGGUUCCAGCAGACUGAUGAAGGAUCUCUGGUGGCUGACGGGAGCAUCGACGGCCUGGCACCAGGGGAACAUGGACUGCAUGUACAUGAGACUGGAGAUAUGAGUGAGGGCUGUGCCUCUAUCGGUGGUCACUUCAACCCGUAUAAGUCCCCCCACGGCGGGCCUCUGGAUCCCCCCGAUAUGCGACACGCUGGUGACCUUGGCAACAUCGUGGCUGAUGAGAACGGAAGAGCCACUUUCAGAAUAGUCGAUAAUGUAUUAAAGGUGUGGGAUGUGUUGGGUAGAUCGGUGGCAGUGACGUCACAACGUGACGACUACGGGCGGGGUUCGACUCCCGUCUCCAAAAUUAAUGGGAACAGCGGAGAGCCGAUAGCGUGUGGUAUCAUAGCGCGUUCUGCCGGAGUGUUCCAGAAUCCGAAACGGAUCUGCGCCUGCGACGGUGUCGUGGUGUGGGACGAAAGGGACCGACCUGUGGCGGGAAAGGGCCGGCGGUGUUGCCAGCGCGACGGCGGAGGUGACACUCCGUGUUGUAAAGUGUAGACACUUCUAAUGGUGCGUACAGACCGGUGAAAUGUAUAAUACCAGUACAUUUUACUAGUGGGGCUCCUUUGCACAGGAAGCCGGCUAGAUUAUGGGUACCAUGACGGCGCCUACUUCUGCGGUGAAGCAAUAAUGCGUAAACAUUACUUUGUUUCGGUCUGAAGGGCGCCGUAGCUAGUGAAAUUACUGGGCAAAUGAGAUUUAACAUCUUAUGUCUCCAGGUGACAUGCGCUAUGUAUUGCCGCUCAGAAAUUUUGGGUUUUUCAAGAAUCCUGAACGGCACUGCAUUGUAAUGGGCAGGGCGUAUCAAUUACCAUCAGCUGAACGUCCUGAUCGUCUCGUCGCUUGUUUUCAUAAAAAAAUCAUGAAAGUUUUUAAAAAUUUCUCAUAGUUUGUACGUCUUUUGCGCGCAAAAUGACCAUUUCACGCGCACGCUACGAACAUUACAAGCCGCGCGCGAAGGAAUAGGAAGAUCACUUCAUGUUACGUUACACCAGUCUGUACGCACCUUUAUAAAUUACGUCACACAAAUUUUAUGAUUUCAUGAUCUUGGAAAAGAUUGUCAAUAAUGUGUAAGCGGCGUUGCAUACGUAUAAAUUAACUUAUACAGAUAACAUUAAAACAUUUAUUCAAAUUAAAACCUUAUGUCGUUGCAGUAAUGUUCAAAGUCUAUUGUAUUGUAUACUACAAUCUUAAGAAGCUCAUUGAUGCAAAAUAUCCGACUUUCGCACAUUUCAUCGGCAAUGUAUAUUGUUUUAACAAUUGAAAUAUAAUUAUUUCGCAAAAUGAUUAAAUAAAAGAGGCUUGCUUUUUAAGUUUGGAUAUGCUGAUUUUGGACAGUUUCACUGAACACUACUAUCAUUGCGUGGCGUUGUAUUCAAAGCGCGGUCGCAACACAAUCGCAAAGUUUUGCUUCAUACAAUUUUCGAGCGUGAUUGUGAGUCUAGAUUUGAACUGUUCUCUUUGUUUCUAUAUUCUCUGUGUUAUGUUGCCAAAAUUAUGGUGUACUGUGAUUAUAGAAUGUAUCUAGUAUUAAGGUUGUUGGGGAAUAAAUGAAUUUGUUACUUA